AUGAAUGCUUGUCCAGACGGCAAAUUUAUAAUUAUUAUUGGAGUUUUAAUCCCGAUAACCCUAUGUCAAGAAUAUGACGACCUAGGAGAUAUGACUCCACGGCCUAUGCCCCCAGAGUUCGAUUUUGGUCCUGAAGCUAAAAUCAAUAAGACAGAACUGGAAGAAGAUAUUGAAGAAUGUAUGGAAGAUUAUGUGGAGUGUGUAAAGGCUGACAGGAAGCGAGAAAUCUGCGCAAUGAAUGACCAUCAAAAAAAGAAAAAGUUUCAUUCUUUGUGCCUAAUGGAGUAUGAGAAUUGCAAGAUUAAAGACGGUGAUGUGCAUUGGCGUUAUUUUAUGGAUGACCAUUGUUAA